AUUUAAAUUUUACAUCCCAUAGACAGCACGUCAACACAUUAAAAAAAAUCUAUAUAAUCCCUCGCUCAACCACAACUCAAGCCCCCCAGGCCUCCCUGGACAGUCACCCUAAGAGGUAUAAUCACUAUAACUACAACAGAAGCUACAUCAAGCGACGACCGCACAACACCCCCAAGGGAGUGGGCUUGACACCCUCUGGUCCACUUUCCCCACCAACUGAACAAGACCACCACACAUUCCUCGCCACUCACAACAAUAAUAACCAGCAGCCUCCGGGCACCACCACACACACCACAUCUCUCCCCUCAUACCUAAACCCAGGCACACUUCCGCCCAUACAACACCUGGCACAUUCUAG